UAAAAACCCCUCGGUCGUUGGUGAGCCGUCAAACAACCCGUGGUUACUGCGGCGUCACUAUCGCAGAUUCGCAGUUUCCCCAUCCGGAAACAGACAAGCCAGAGCAGAGCAUGGACUACCACUGGCCUGGCUUCCACGCCGCCGGAGACGCCAUCCGCCGCUCGGCCGCAGUGUCCUUCCCUUACCUUCUCUGCGCUCUGGCCUUCUGGUUUCUGUGGGAGCAGUUGUCGUAUCUCCGCAAGAAGGGCCCGCUCCCGGGGCCGCACUUCGUCAUCCCCUUCCUCGGCAGCGCGCUGCCGAUGAUCCUGAACCCGACGGCCUUCUGGGCGCGCCAAGCCGCCCUCGCCCGCGACCUCGGCGUCUCCGCCAACUUCCUGGUCGGCCGCUUCGUCGUCUUCGUGCGCUCCACCGAGCUGUCGCACAAGGUCUUCGCCAACGUCCGCCCCGACGCGUUCCACCUCAUCGGACAUCCCUUCGGGAAGAAGCUCUUCGGCGAGCACAACCUCAUCUACCUCUUCGACCAGCAGCACAAGGACCUCCGCCGCCGCAUCGCCCCCAAUUUCACCCCGCGCGCGCUCUCCACCUACGUCGACAUCCAACAGAGAGUGAUCGCCGCCCACAUCUCCAGGUGGCUCGCCCUCGCCACUGCCUCCCCCGAACCCAUCCCGCUCCGCCUCCUCUGCCGCGAUCUCAACCUCGAGACCUCGCAGACCGUCUUCGCCGGACCUUACCUCACCCCGGAGGCGCGCGUGCAGUUCAACCGCGACUACAACCUCUUCAACGUCGGCCUCAUGGCCCUCCCCUUCGACCUCCCCGGCUUCGCCUUCCGCCGUGCGCGCCUCGCCGUCUCCCGCCUCAUCCAAACCCUCUCCGGCACCGUCGCCCUGAGCAAAUCCCGCAUCCGAUCCGGCGCCGAACCAACCUGCCUCAUCGAUUUCUGGAUGCAGGACGCCCUGCGCGAGAUCACUGAGGCGAACGACAUCGAGAUCGGCGGCCACCUCUUCGACUUCCUCUUUGCGGCGCAGGACGCGUCGACGUCCUCUCUCCUAUGGGCGGUGGCGGCGCUCGAUGCGCACCCGGACGUCCUCGCAAGGGUUCGAUCGGAGGUAUCGGCAUUGUGGUCCCCAGAUUCGGGGCUCCCCAUCACGGCGGAUCUGAUCCGGCAGAUGCGUUACACCGAGGCGGUGGCCCGCGAGGUGGUGCGCUACCGGCCUCCGGCGACAAUGGUGCCCCACAUAGCCGGCGAGCCAUUCCGGCUGACGGAGUGGUACACGGUGCCGAAGGGCGCGAUCGUGUUCCCAUCGGUCUACGAGUCUUCGUUCCAGGGGUUCACGGAGCCGGAGCGGUUCGAUCCGGAGCGCUUCUUCUCGGAGGAGCGGGCGGAGGACCGAGUCUACAAGCGCAACUUCCUGGCCUUCGGCGCCGGCGCCCACCAGUGCGUCGGGCAGCGCUACGCCGUCAACCAUCUCCUCCUCUUCAUCGCCCUCUUCGUCUCCCUCGUCGACUUCAAGCGCCGCCGCGCCGACGGCUGCAACGACAUCGCCUACGUCCCCACCAUCGUGCCUCGGGACGACUGCACCGUCUACCUCGUCCCGCGUUGGGCCCUUUCAACAUGAGCCAAUCUGAGCCCGCACUUAACCGGCGGGGACCGCGCCUGGUGGACAAUUGGGUAAUUCGGUCUUUUCAUUCGUCGCGAUGCAUCGUGCGUUGUAUUUUAGGAAUAUUUAUUGAGAGAUUGGAAAUAAUAAUGAGAGAAAUAAAUGGAUUUAUU